CGCACAUACUAACCCGGUGAACCAGGUCCCUAGGCUGCCCUCAUAUCUGGAACUCUCGACUCUGCAAAAAUGCCCGCUCUAAAGCACCCUGCUUGCGUGUGCGUUCACUGCCACCAUGGACAAAUUGUCCGGUAGGAGGCCGCGGAAGAGCGCACCCAAAUCUCGAUCAGGAUGUUUGACCUGCAAAGCCCGCCAUAUCAGAUGCGACCAGCAGAGGCCAGAGUGUGAGAACUGCACCUCGUCCAACAGGAAAUGCCAGGGAUAUCCCACGCCUCUGACCAACACGGCCUCAAGCGCACAGAACUCUUCUCACGACUCCAACACCAUUUCAUCGUACAGCAUCCCUUUCAAAGUCCCCGGAAGCCAAGCCGAUCGGCAGCUCUUGCACUAUUACUGCUGCCAAGCGGCAUGGAACCUCUCCAGUUACGCAGACCCGACCUUGUGGACCGAGCUGAUCCUCCAGCGAAGCCAAGAUCAAGCCGUCAUCCGCAGCAGUCUUGUCGUUCUGAGCUCUUUGCACAAGGACUUCGUUUCUGGAUCGUUGGUGGCCAGUGGGAAGGAUAAGCCGAGUUCGAACGUCGAGACCAUGACCAUGGUCAGCAAAUGUUACGGGCAAUUGAAGAAUUACCUCGCACGGUCCGAUGCCUUACCGGAUGUAGCAUUGGUCUGCAGCGUCUUAUUCUACUCCUUGGAAUCACUCCUGGGCGAUACCAGGCAAGCGAUAUCGCAUCUCGACAGCGGGUUAAGGCUGUUGAAGCGAACUCAAACUGAGGCAAAAUGGGCCACUGACCCUUUGUACGUGCCUCUCACACAUCUCUUCGAACGUCUGGACGUUCAGGUCAGCUGCUACGAUGACCUUCGACUUCCGGUACUGGACCUUGUUUCCCCAGAAGAGACUCGGGGAGCGUUGUCGGUUGUGCCUGAUUCAUUCAGUACUCUCGACCAUGCGGAACGCGUUCUGGUAAAACUUCAGAAUUGGACCCUUCGUCAAUUGAUCAGCCAUGUCCAGCACAAAGGCAAAUCUUCAGAAGAGUUCCCUCCGGGUUUGUGGCACGAAAGAGUGGUUCUGCGCCAGCAAUAUGAGAAAUACCGCCAGACACUGAGGAGCCUCGAUCCCAAACCCGGGAACUCGCCCUUGAGAGGCCCAGAAACUGGCAGCCAAGAAGACAGGAGGCAGUUUCAGUUACAACAGUUCCUGCUCUUGCAGAUAAGCUUCCACACCUUCUACAACCUUAUCGAGGAAAACGUUCCCAUUGCUGCCGAUGCUGCUGCAGGGAUACCAGUCAAUGGCGAAGACACCCUCAGCACAGCCCUGUCGGAGGUACUAGACCUCCUCUCACUCGCAAGCAACUCGGCUUCCCACUCCGCAAGCGCUCUGUUCCCCCUAGCAUCUCCUUCGCAACGCACCUACACACUAUCCACAUUCCUCGUCGGGACGAUCUACUUCCUGUGCCUCAAAACCAACAGCCAGGAAAUAUUGACCACGGCCUACCGUCUCUUCUCCCACCCUCUGCUCAAGAACUCGCGUGAUGGUCUGUGGGACUCCAGCCUGGCGGAGAUGGUGGUCAAGAAUGUGAUAAAGAUCCGUGAUCGGGACUUGGGUAUUGGCGUGCCUGAUAUUGUGGUAACGGAGACGUCGCGGGAAUCGGUCAUGUCGUCUUUCGAUAUUGAAGAUAUUGGCUGGGGCGAGGAGACCGACUAUCUCAGCGCGGAUUUGUCCCCGUUGAUCACCGGCGAAUCGGAUCUGGUUGCUGAUGCGGCCGCAUUCUUCAGUGCCGACGACUCUUUCCUGCUUCCAGCUGACAUCGUGACGGGGGCUACGUCCGUGUCAGCCUCAGGCACAAAUUCGCCUUAUUUGUCCGAGGGCUCGACCCCACGGAAUACCAGCGAAUCAAGUCUGCAGGGCACAAACCAUCAGCGAACCGAGAGUUUGACCCAACAGCGAGGAUACGCUUGUUCGCAUGCUGUCCUUGCUGCUGAAAGUCAUCCGAGACUGGAGCACACCCCAGCACAAUCCGUGGGAGGCGAGAUGGCGACUUCCACUCUGGGCCAGUACGUAGAGAUCCGGCCGAAACCUCUACCUAGUUCGCAAAUUCAGCGCAACCAUAUCGCAGAACAAUUCACGUUGCCGCCGGGUGGCGUGCCACGGAGCGGCAGAUUGGAAGACUUCGCCCUGGGUAUUGUGGAUGCGGACGGCGGGGUCGAGGAAGCCGCCAAGAGAAUCUCAGUGAUGUCUAUAUAA